AGUUCAAGGUCAAAACCAUGGGCCAGGUCACCAACAGCCCCAGCCUCAUGGUCAUGUUCAAGCCCAGUCUCAAGGUCAGCAGCAACAGUUUCAAAGACUAAAGGUUGAAGAUGCCUUGUCAUAUUUAGACCAAGUCAAACUUCAGUUUGGUAACCAACCACAAGUGUACAACCACUUCCUGGAUAUCAUGAAGGAAUUUAAAUCACAAAGCAUUGACACCCCUGGUGUUAUCAGUCGAGUAUCAACAUUAUUCAAGGGUCAUCCAGAGCUGAUCGUAGGCUUCAAUACAUUUUUACCCCCUGGGUACAAAAUAGAGGUCCACGCCCAUGAUCCUGGAAGUGUGUCGGUCACAGCUCCAACAGGACAACACACGCAAAUAUGCACUGGGGGAGUUGCUUUAGAUGUGGUUUAUAAACAGGUUGCAAAGCUGUUCCAAAACCAAGAAGACUUGCUAAAGGAAUUCAGCCAAUUCCUCCCUGAUGCUAAUGGCACAACACCAUCCAGUCAGUCAGUACGAACACAGGGAUUAAUUGCAGCGUCUGGUCGCAUACAGAGCCAUCUUGGUGGMCAAGGAAGACAUGAGUAUGCACCUCCACUCAAAAAGCAAGCAGUUGGAAUGAACUCAACUAAAAGAAUGUCUCAAAUACGAAGAAACUCCAACACUUCAGGGACAGCCCCACACCCUGUUUCUAAGAAGAAAUCUCGUAGUGUCUCUAAAGAAGUUUCUCUGGCAGAAGCUCAAAAGCUUGGAACGUUUACUGAAUUUGCAUUUUUUGAUAAAUUCCCUGAACUUUUCACAUGGUUUAAGGAAUUUCUUGGCUACAAAGACUCAUCRCCAAUGGAGUCCAUGACAGGAUACAAAGAAAGAACAUCCGGAGAGCUUGCACACUUAGAGAUCGACUAUUCAUCAUGUAAACGCUACGGGACCAGUUACAGAGCAUUACCCAAGAGUUAUACUCAACCCAAAUGCACAGGAAGAACAGACUUGUGCCGUGAGGUACUCAAUGAUACGUGGGUGUCAUUCCCUUCCUGGUCAGAGGACACACCUUUUCCAGGAACUAGAAAAACUCAAUAUGAGGAAUAUAUUUAUAGAUGUGAAGAUGAGAGAUUUGAGCUUGAUGUUGUGCUAGAAUCAAAUGCAUCUACUAUAAGAGCCCUAGAAGCUGUACAGAAAAAGUUAUUAAGAAUGACACCAGAGGAGCAACAUAAAUUUAGAAUGGACAGUUGUCUUGGUGGUACAUCAGAGGUGGUCCAUAAAAAAGCAAUACAAAGGAUUUAUGGAGACAAAGCGCCUGAUAUCAUUGACGGAAUGAAGAAAACACCAGCUGUAGCAGUACCUCUUGUCCUUAAAAGGUUAAAAGCCAAGGAAGACGAGUGGCGAGAGUCUCAACGGCAUUUCAACAAGAUCUGGAGAGAACAAAAUGAGAAGUACUACCUUAAAUCCCUGGACCAUCAGGGAAUCACAUUCAAGCAAAAUGAUCUCAAGGCCAUGAGAUCCAAGAGUGUUGUCAAUGAGAUUGAGACUAUAUUUGAUGAGAAACAAGAGCAGGCAGCAGAAGGCAAUGGAGAUGCAGCUGGACCUCAUAUGAUGUUUACUUAUCAGGAUGAUGCAUACAAUCUGUUCUUCAUCAAUAAUAAUUGGUAUGUCUUCCUACGAUUGCAUCAGAUGCUAUGUGAACGUCUGCAGAAGAUGUACCUACAGUCUGUUGCCAUAGCAGAAGGUGAAGCAUCAGACAAGCAGCAAAGAAAAGAAGCUACAGCAAUAGCUUUGCGUUUAAAGGCACCAAGCGAAAUUGACUUGGAAGAGUACUAYCCUGCCUUCCUGGACAUGGUCAAGAAUGUACUUGAUGGUAACAUGGAUUCUGCAACAUUUGAGGACACCUGUAGGGAGAUGUUUGGUGUUUAUGCCUACAUAGCCUUUACCAUGGAUAAACUUGUACAGAACAUUGUCAGACAGCUUCACACCAUUGUCACAGACGARACAGGUAUCCAAAUAACAGAGCUUUACCAGCAAGAACAGCCUAAUGGCGCCACUGGUGGCAGCUCAGCUACACAACACUUGAGAGCAKCAGCAGAGAGUGCGUAUCAAAGCAAAGCUGAAUCACUGUUAACAGAUGAAAACUGCUACAAGGCUGUCAUUCACAAGGACCAGAAUAUUUGCAAAGUCAGUCUUGAGCUGUUGGAUACCGGUGAUACYAAUUCAGAGGACCCUCUAGAAGUUGAGAAAUGGAAUGAUUAUGUUCAAAAAUAYGUUGGAAGUGAAGAAGUCUCCCAAGAAGUAAAAGAACACCUGCAGAAAAAACCUUUAUUUUUACCCAGAACUAUACAACAAAGGCGGAAUAAGCCUCUUCGUAGUGCUCAAGAAUCAACCAAUGACAAUGGUUCCUCAACUGAUGAAGCUGAGAGUGAAGUCAACAAAAGUGACAAAGAAGACGAAGAUGGRGAAGAAAUAGAAGACAUGGAAGUGGAGAACUCCAUGCAGUGUACAUUGAGUUUGAAUUCGUACAAAAUGAGAUUYGUUGCUGGAAGCUGGGAAUCUAUGUAUCGCCGUGGAGCACUGACAAAAGCUAAACAGUGCCAUCCUGGCGUGGUGCGUAGAUUGCACACCAAAUUCCAGAAGUGGUUGAAUGAGUGGGUGGAAGCCAACGUCACCAGUGAAAUGGACACCUCCUGCAAUAACUGGUUACUGGGCAAAGGAGAGGGUUUCAAACCUUGUACUACCACCAAACAGAGGGUUCCCAAUACUCUAGUACAGUGCUUUAAGUUUGUUGUGAAGUGGGACACCCCACCCCCAUCUUAACCCAGCUUAAUGUACCUACCUUCUUGUAUAUUUGUAUAACGACGAUUUGGGAUGCAUAUUUUCUGAGGGAGGGUCCCCCCCUAAGAGUGACGACACUGGUGUAGAAAUUAAGUCAAAUAAUUAUUAUUAUUAUUAUAGAUAACUGUAUAAACUACUCUUCAUUGAUCUAUGCGUUUUGACAGUUUUGGAUGUGAGAUGCUUUAGGAAGUGUAUUGGAAACUCACCGAGAAAUAAUGAUGGUGAUGAUGAUGAUAGGCCUGGAAUAUGAAUCGAUUCAAGAUCGUCUUAACGUUCUAGUUAGACCAAAAUGUCUUCAGUCAACAAAUCACAAAAUGAAUGACAAAUCUACCUAAUAAUUCAGUUUCGAAUUCUCCGAUGCUCUGUUAGUCUCAUUUGUGCGCACAAUAUUCUUAAUUGUGAAAAGUGUAUUGCCUUUCUUUUCAAAUUCCAUGCGUUUUCUCGGUCUUUCAAUAAAACAAAAGAAUAUGUUACUUGGUUUUGAGGGUAACACAGAGCAAACCAGAACUCGAAAUUGGAGUAUUGAACAUAUAUACUCGUGAACAACACUGUUACAUUAAGACCUAGCCUAUGUCAUUGUGUCUACAAGCGUAUGGUAUAGUGAUGAAAGAUUUGUAAUGACAGGCGAUCGUGAGAAUUAUCUAUAGCCUCURCUUAACUGUUUACUGAAAGCAGGAGAAAAAGCUUGUGCACAACGCUCUAAUCUAACACUUUAACGUUCCGUCGUUAAAUCCGUGAAACAAAAUCUUGACUGUUCACGUACGAUAGUCAAAUAGAUACAAAAGAAAACAAUACAAUUAGAGCAUGCUAAGGUGUAUUAGUGUAAUAACUAUUUCACGGUUUUUUUUUACUUCACUAUGCUAGUAUGAAUGAAGCUUUGAUUUACUCAAUCAUACUUUAGGCCGGGUUGUUUUACUUCMUUCUAAAACAGCAGUGACAACGUCUCUAGAUUUAUGUGUUUCUAAUUCAUGGUUCAAACUKUUUCUAUGACAACAUAAAGUCAACUCUCGACUUACGGACACCMCGCUACAACGGACACCUCGAUAUUGCGGACAGUAAAUUACUGAAUCCCAGGCGAAAAAUACCAAGAAAUGACUGAAAGUAACUCUCGUUACUACGGACCCUCACUACUGCGGUCACUAAGUUACGGUCUCGAGGGUGUCCGUAAUAGCGAGAGUUGACUGUAUAACUUAAUACUGUAAGGAGUUGGCACUUGUUUCACAGAUUCCUCUAUUCUAUGCACAAACAUACCUGUCUUCCAAAAAAAAGUCCAAGAGAACGGUGAUCAGUACUCGGUCGUGAAUUCCCGUUAUAUUCUUAGUUUUCUGGAUAUGAAAAAGACAAAAUCUAUGAAGUCGAGAAGUCGAGACGUGACGCUUUUUUCACAAGUUUUUUCGAUGUUUUUUAAUACGACUGGAAUGUAUUGUCUGAAAAAUGCACCAACUCUCCUCGUAACUCUAUCACUUGACUCUUGACCAAUAGAUAUACGAAUUAUAUCCAAUACAACUUUUUCGRUAAACAUUGUUAUUGAAAAAGUUUAGCUUUGGACCGCAAGAUAUCAUGGGAAAGUUGAUUACCAUUUGAUGCARCAUAUAUCCAUGAUACCUUGCGGUGCAAAAUUAGUCUUUAUAAUUUUGAAACUUGAAUCUUUAGUGGAAGUCGUUGUGAAACUACUGUUCCAUACUCGUAUCCAUAAUGUACAAAACAAAUUUCUUGAUUCUGAUUGACUGAAAAAUGUGCUUUUUUGUAAUAUAAGCUAGAAUAAUGUUUAAUAUCAUAUCGAAAGUCUACUUUCAGAAUGAGCAACGAAGGAGUUAUGGUAAGCUGGCAUUCCUUGCGAGCUUUUCUUUGUACUUGGAAAUAAAUAUACAUCGAAAUUUACUAAGAAAGCAUAAAAAAACGUUUUUCUAG